CCGAGCUCGAGCCUGGUGCCUCACUUUCGGGAGGGUUAUGGGGCGUCGCAACUGUGCACUCCAGUGAGCUCAAUCGCGUUAAUGUCACAAUGGGAGCUCGAGUGGAAAAGAGUGGGACAGACAAAGUCGCCUAAACUGUUCAGCUUCGGAAGACAUUAGUAGCUUACUCCAAUAAGGAGAUCGCGGAGUGGCGGCGCAGGACAGGACUGGACAGGACAGGACAGGACAGGCGGCCAGUUAUGGAGGACCUGGGAUCGGCCCUGCACAAGAACGCGGCGGAGUUGACGGUCAUGGACGUGUACGAUAUCGCGGCUUUGGUGGGACAGGAAUUUGAGCGCAUCCUCGACCAGUACGGCUGCGAAGCGUUAUCGAGGUUAAUGCCCAAGGUGGUGAGGGUGCUGGAGAUCUUGGAGGUCCUGGUGAGCAGAAACAGUAUGAGCCCCGAGACCGAGGAGCUGAGGCUGGAGCUGGACCGGCUGCGCCUGGAGAGGAUGGACCGCCUGGAGAAAGAGAAGAAGCACCAGAAGGAGCUGGAGUUGGUGGAGGAUGUCUGGAGAGGUGAAGCCCAAGAUCUUCUCACACAGAUUGCACAGCUUCAAGAGGAGAACAAGAACCUUCUUACAAAUUUGUCUCAGAAGGACACCAGCAUGACGGAAGAAGACUUUAAAAGACAAGAAGGAAUGUCAGAAAGAGAAAGACAGGUGAUGAAGAAACUGAAAGAAGUUGUUGACAAGCAGAGAGAUGAGAUUCGUGCAAAAGACAGGGAACUGUCUUUGAAAAAUGAAGACAUCGAAGCAUUACAGCAACAGCAGAAUCGCUUGAUGAAGAUUAAUCAUGAUCUCAGGCACAAGAUUACUGUUGUGGAGGCACAGGGCAAGGCAUUCAUCGAGCAGAAGGUGGAAUUAGAGGCGUACCUUCAAACCAGAGAACAGGAGAUGGCAAGCCUUCGGACUGAAUUGGUCAAAUUAAGAGAAAAGGUGCAAGGAGAGAUAAACCAGAAUGGAGAGGAGCCCAAGACCACUGCGCCAGAGCCGAUGGAACAAGUAUCUGUGUUGCCUCCCCUCACAGAGGAAGAGGAGGAUGAUAAUCAGAGUGAGGCAGAGGAGGAAGAGGUUUUGUGGGAGGAGCCUGUAGCCGAAGAGGAUUUAAUCACCUCAGAGAAGAUGUUAGUAGAUCUCAAAGAUCCAAACAGACCACGUUUCACUCUACAGGAGCUCCGGGAUGUUCUGCAUGAAAGGAAUGAGCUGAAAUCCAAAGUUUUUAUGUUACAAGAGGAGUUAGCGUAUUAUAAAAGUGAAGAAAAUGAAGAAGAGAAUGGACCCGCUACACCUGCACCACCACCACCACAAUCCUUGCAGCCUAAAACUGCUACCCAGCCGGAGUCGGGAAUCAAAAGACUGUUUAGUUUCUUCUCCAGAGACAAAAAACGGGGCUCCCAGAAAAAUGUUCGCUUUGAGGAAACAUUUGGUACAUGGAUACAUAAGGAAGACGACGGCUACACAGAGCAAGGGCAGGAGGCGCUGCAACAUCUCUGAACUCAGACAACCAAUGACCUGAAUUCACUCUGCUUUUUUAUUGAACUAUAGAAAGAAAGAAAAAACAGAUGAAAGAAGGGAUAUCAUGGCCUUUUUACUUCUCGGGGGACGACUUUCGUGAAAACUCUUACAGUAUGGAAGGUUACAAGCUGCUGCUGUGUGAACAAUGAUUUCUCUCUUAUUGAUUGGUGAACCAUCAAUCAAGUUUCACAGUUACUUCGGAAUGAAGAGAAUAAGUUUAACAAAUGUGCCAUCACAUAUUUAUUUAAAUUGUGAUGGGUUUUUAAACAAGGUAAAGGAAAACCACACAACCUGCGUGCAGAAACAAGUCAUUUUAAUCCAGAGGUAAACCACCAUCAGUAAAGCGGGUAUGAACACGUGGCAAAGUGGGAAUGGAGAUGAGGCACACAGUCUCUAGGUGGACUGCGAGUUACUUAGCUUGUAGCGUUUGUGGUCUACACCAGCAUAAGAGAGCAGGCUCUAGCUGAAGAGAACAACAUCUAACACGUCGCCAUUCUCAAGCGCUAAAAUACAGAGUUUUGUUGUAAUUCACAGAAAGCUUACCCGAUGUACCCCAUACUCCUAGUUGAAGGUUCCUUUUUACUGAAAUCUUGUAGUAACUCCAAUAUAGUUGUAAGUUCUCUCAUGGGCAUUUUCACACCUACUGACGAUACUUAAAAGUUCUAAACUGAAUGUAAGCCACCUGAAUUCUGUAUUAAAUUUGGAGCCCAUUGAUGUUUUCUCCUAACAACUGCCCCAAUUCUGUUGUAGAGACAUUGUAGAACAGAGUUCCCACUUUUGCUCCUGAAUAGUCAGUAGUGAUGGAUACGCCCCCCCCAACCCCCAUUUCUGUACCUCGUGUUCUUAUUUAAUAAUAUCUCUCACAUACCAGUCUGUGAUUGGCUAGAAUAACAGGUUUGAUUUUUCUUGUCAGAGAGCAACCACCACAUGAACCAAUGAAUGAACCCGAAAGUAGAACCCAUAGAAAUUAUCGACAAUGAGUAAGGAACACUUAUAUUUUAAACCUCACUAGUGGAAGAGAAGCUCUCGUCUGUCUGUCUGAUGUCUCAUAUUUUACAUACAGUAACAUAAUGGGGAAAAAAAAAAGAAAGGGCAGAUUACUGCUGAACUUACUGCAGCUGUUAACUCUCUUUGUAAAGCGCUGCUCCGUCAGGCAACAUGCUAUUGGCUCUCAGAAAAAGUGGUGAGCAUUACUGUGCUGGAAGAUCGUCGCUCAGUCCGUACGUGUGACCUAGACUGCGAUUUUCAAGUUAAGUAAUCUGACAUGGUGCAGUGACAAACCAGCAACUGCAAUCUGAAGUACCCCCCUGACACAGUUGCAUAAUUUGACAUCGGCUUAAGACUGCGAAACCAGAAAAACCCACCAAAUCAAAAUCAAGCUGAACGCUCACAGUGCAGUAUUUGGUUGGAAAGAUUUAUGUGGUGGAGACGUUAAGACUGAAGGUAUGAGAUUAUGGCAUUGCUUUAUUUGUUUGAGGAUGUUACUGAAUACUUGGAUAAUCUAUACUUGUUUCUCUAUGCUACCAAGUUAGUCCGAGACAGUCGGAGUCAUGGACUGGGCUAGAUUGUCAAUCUUCAUAUUGUCCUUCUUGUUUGUAACUCUACUCCCAAAGUAACAAAAGGCAGAAUUGAGCUGGCUGCAGUCGCGGUAGGAGCCUUCAUGAUGCACAGUUCCAGCCUGGAAUUAUUGCUGAUGUGAGAGGCACUAGGGCCUUGUAUUGCUUGCUUUUGUUCUCAAAGCUCAAGAUCCAAAUGACCCAGAAGUGUAGACGUCAUGCACAUCGGUAGGUACCGUCCCUGUAAAUCAUUUUUAAAAGGUUGUCUGAUGCUGAUAAAACAUGUGGCGGUGCAGCUUUAUUCAUGGUCGCUUGAAUUUGCGCUUCAGUUGUUAAUUUUUAUUUAUGUUUAAGUCUGUCGUGAAAGAAUGUUCACUGGUCAGGUGAGGCACACGGUAAUACCCUGUGACUUUCUAAAACACACAAACUAACCUCUGCUACAGAGACAGAUUCCACCAGUACCCUCUGAAUGACUAUAGUGGCCUUUUCCAUUGUAUUGUAAAAGAGAAAAACAACUUGUGAUUCACUCGAAAACGAGUGGGAAUUCCAGACUGCAACAAGGCACCGUCCCAAGCUGCCUCUUGGCAGGCUCCCUUAGCACAACAAAUAAAAACUAAGAAAAUGUUGGAAAAUAUUUCAGCAGGCAAAAGUCGGCCAAGGAAGCGCAAUAGAAGUGAUCGGGUUUGCUGGAUAGAAAAGCCAUUUUGUUUAUUGGACUUUAUUAAAGGCAUUUUUGCACACCAAGGAGCAAACUGCUUCUCUUUGCACAUUUCAAACACUCUUCUGGGUAGUCCUUGUUUUUCACAUCACACUAGCUGCAGUCAGUAGGUUAUGGGAUGCAUGUGGGCUGCUUUUAAGAUCUCCAUGCUUAACCAGCCAAGGUUGCAGAGACUGUUUGGAUGUACUUGAAACGUUAAGACUGCAAGAUGUCUUAAAGACUCCCUGGACCAGGGAACCUGAAUGCUUCUCUUCUUCUGAUUUGCUCAAAGUAUCGUGGCUUUCUGUCACAAAGGAAGUGAUCCAGUCCAGGUUUGGAGACCAGACCCUUCUUUCUUCUUUUGACAGUAUUUACAGAUACGCCUGUGCCUCAGCCCAGGCAAACAUUCAAACAAGAUAUAGAAGUCGGGCGACUGAAGCAGACAGCAAACAAGUAAAUGGAAACUUCAUCUCAACUGUGGCUUUAUAACUGCGCUAAUGUGCAAAAAACAUGCUUUGUGCCAAAAGAACUCUGAACUGAUCACAGAAAGAAACAAGCACACGUUAACUCAAAAGGGAAUGUCUACAAUUCUGUGUGUGCCAUCAUGACUUAAGUAUCGCAAAAUCUGUCCUUGACAUUUCUGGAGUUACAAGUGUCAGUGUGGCUACUAAUGGCGUUUGGUUUUAGCCAUGUGUGACUUUUUUUUUUUGUACCAAGAGCUAUUAAUGGUUAUUUAAUGGGCUAAUUGUGCCUUGGACUCUUUACAUUGCAAUAAUGUUUUUUUUCUCUCCUACUUAAUAAACUAAUAUUCAUAA